AUGGGUGAUCCAGGCAGGAGCUUCAGCACCCAGGUGCACCAUGACUUCCAGGGCAAAUGGGCCCUCAAGAGGCGUCGGACCCGAUCAUUGAGCAUCAAACUCCCCGAUCGUGUCGACAUUGGAACUACUCUCAGUGAAUACUGGACGGGUCUUGCCAUCGAAGAAGAAAGCGACCGAGCACUCAAGAUCGGGAUUGCGAUCCAUGAUGGAACGUAUGGCAUUGACUUCGCAGUCCACCGCAUUUCCCUGGACGAAGAGGAAGAGCAGGAGAGAGGCCGAGAUGGCGACUGGAUUGCAGACCACAUCAUCGAGGAGCUAUCCCACUACCGGAGGCAGCACGUAUGCAAGAUUCUCGGCGCCGGAGUCACUGUGACUGCUCACGAGAAGAGCCCGCAUUUGUGCUCGAGGCUCUGGUCCGAAUUGGACAUUGUCCCCAUGUUGGUCACGUCGAAUCCACUUUUACAAGCCGGCAACGCUCGGGCAAGAUCACAGAGAGUGGACGAGAUCGCCGACUCGGCCGCCAGGAAAUGUCUCGCGCUAUAUGCUCCCACCAAACAACCGCGUUUGUCGAUCAGCUUUGUGAACCAAGUCGAGGUCGACCUGGGAGGUACGAUCCAGCUCACCACCAUCGACGACUACAAGGCAUCCGUCCGAGAGCCGACUUGGAGGGCCGUGCAGAAACAUAUUCAAGAUGUCGUCGACCGCAAGCUCAGAGUCGUCUUUUUCAGCGCGACACCUCAGGGAGGCGGAGUGGCUCUGAUGCGGCACGCCUUGCUCCGAUUCCUGAGACUCUACAACGUGAACGUCGAAUGGUUUGUCCCGAAACCCCGGCCCGACGUUUUCCGUAUCACCAAAACAAAUCACAACAUCUUGCAGGGCGCCGUGCCUCCGGAUGUCCGAGCAACAGACGAGCAGCUGGGGAAGAUCAAAGAAUGGAUUGUCGACAAUGCGGAUCGGUAUUGGCUCGGUGAAGGUGGACCACUUCUUGCACCCAAGGACGGCGGUGCAGAUGUCAUCAUCAUCGACGACCCGCAAAUGCCAGAGCUCAUCCCCAUUGCGAAGAAGAUUGCACCAGACCGGCCGAUCAUUUUCCGCUGCCACAUCGAAGUUCGUGAUGAUCUAGUACUUGAAGAUGGGAGUGCCGCUCAGCACGUUUGGCGCAAUAUGUGGUCAAGCAUCAAACAUGCCGACGUCUUCCUUAGCCACCCUGUACGCACCUUCGUUCCACCUGAUGUCCGCAAAGAGGUAUUGGGCUGGCUCCCAGCAACCACCGAUUGGCUUGACGGUCUUAACAAGCAGAUGGAUGACUGGGAUUUGCAAUAUUAUCUCCAUGUCCUCAAGCAGGUCUGUCAGGCUCAAAACCUACCACAGCUUGCCUAUCCGGAACGGGGGUAUUUCACACAAGUUGCACGGUUUGACCCGUCCAAGGGAAUUCCCGACGUCAUCAAGAGCUACGCCAAGUUCCGCGAUAUGGUGAAAGACCAACCCAAAGAGAAGAUCCACCAGUUGGUGCUCUGUGGACACGGCUCGGUGGAUGAUCCUGAUGCGACCCUGAUCUAUGAACAGACCAUGGACUUGAUUGUUACGCAGUUUCCCGACUUGAUCGAGGAUAUCAUUGUCGUUCGGCUGGGCCCCAGUGACCAGAUUCUGAACGCCAUCAUGUCGCUCUGCACAGUGGCACUACAGCUAUCUACACGCGAAGGAUUCGAGGUCAAGGUCUCGGAAGCCCUGCACAAGGGAAAACCAAUCAUUGCAACCCUCGCUGGGGGUAUUCCACUUCAGGUCGAGGACGGCAAGAGCGGUUAUCUUGUCCAACGCGGUGACCACGACGCUGUUGCCAAGCACCUUUACGACCUGGUUAAUGAUAGGGAGCUGUAUGGCCGCAUGAGCGAAUACGCGCGGACGCAUGUCAGUGAUGAAGUGCACACCGUUGGGAACGCCCUCAGCUGGAUGUACCUUGCGUCGAAUGUGACGGGCGGAAAGUUACUCAAACCGAACGAGAGAUGGAUCAACGACCUGGCUCGCGAGGCUGCCGGGGAGCCAUAUACAGAUGGCGAACCACGGUUGCCACGCCACCUCUCCACUUGA